AUGGAAGAUGAAUUGAAGGAACUGAAAUCACAUUUACGCUCGUUAGUUGUAUCAUCUCCCUCGCAAAUAGACGCGUAUACAUUAUGCAGAGAUUAUCGAGAGAUGAUUGGCGAGCGAAUACCCAUCCACAAAUACGGCUAUCGCGACCCAGUCGCAUUCUUAAAAGAACGUUGCAGCGAUUCUUUCCUGUUUCAGGGACCUCCUAAAAACCCCGUUCUGACUUUAAUAGUCCCAGACGCAUUAAAGUAUAUUGACAAGAUGGUUCAAAAGCAAAAAUCUUCACCAUAUACUAAAUUCAGAGGAAAGAGAAGAAGUGUUUUAGCAUCUACAUCUUACAGUAGCCACUCAGAUUCUGAAAAGACUGAUAAAAAUUUACCGAAAACUGAUGCCUUUCCUACUUUGAAGGAUGUUACAAGAAGCAAUAUUCUAGAACGUGAUCAUAAAACUAUCACAAGUUCCUCAAAAUAUGGUGAUAAAAGAAGUACUUUGACCAACAUUGAUAUAAAACCAACCAGCAAUUAUCAACCUAAUGAUAGAAGUAUAAGUAGUUCUACCCUUGAGGAGACAGAAAAUAUGCCUUUUGCAAAAAGAAACAACAAAGUUAUUGACUCUUUUAAAAAUAGGAAUGAACAUAGCGAAAGACAACCAUGUAACAAACGCGACAGUCCUCUGUGUGGCAGUUUAAUGCAUUCCUAUAUAUCUACCUAUGAAGUAGAAAACCAUUCACAACGAAAUUCUGUGAAGACUUCUUUCACCGGAAGCAGCACAAAAAGAGCAGAGCUGGCAGAGCUGGUGGAGGAGAUUUCUUCAAUUGUAUUGGAGCAUUCAGAUGGAAUGUGGAGCACUGAUAUUUUGAAGGGUUAUAGGCACCGCACGGGGCGCGACAUCAACUACCACCGCUUCGGGUACACGAGUUUGAUGAGCGUAGUGCAGUUGGCGGAGAGGCUGACGGCGAAGCAGAUGGCGGACGGCGCCUGGCGCGUGUGGCCCGCCGACGCUCCCGAGCCGGCGGCGCCGCCCCUGCCUGCGCCCUCGCUUCGGCUUGACGACCCUCCGCCUUCAUUCGACUCCGAAGAGGCGCUGCCUGGUGUUGACUACGAGGAGGGCGUCUUCCCGUUGGACUGUCUCCACUAUACGGAAAGCAUUCCUGCGGCGCGAGCGGGCGACGUGCGCCCGGGGGACAUGCUCGAGGUCAUCGUGGGAGAGGUGUACUCGCCCUCGCACUUUUGGCUCCUGCGCCUCGGGCCCGCCUUCAACGUCGCCCUGGGGGACAUCAUGGAUCUGAUGACAGAGUACUACGAGCGAGGCGAAGGACGCGACAGGUGGCUCUCGCAGGGCGCCGUGCGCGUCGGCCACUUUUGCGCCUGCCGCUACGACGCCGACUGGCACCGAUCCAUCAUCACCAAGAUCGUUGACAGCGACACCGUAAAGGUGAGACACGUGGACUACGGCACCGUGGAGAGCGUUCCGACGAAGCGGCUAAAGCCUCUGCGGCGCGAGUGGGCCGCGCUGCCAGUGCAGGCGAUGCGCGCUCGCCUCGCCACCGCGCAGCCGCCGGCCUCGGGCUUCCGCUGGCCGCGGUCGUCGGCCGUCGCCUUCCUGCGGCUCGUGAGCGACAAGCGCUUAGUGGCCGAUGUCGUCAACGUCGACGAAGAGGACGACAUACUGGACGUGGUCCUCGUGGACACUUCGACCGACGAGGACGUAUACACGUGCGAGGAGCUCGUGCGCGGCGGGUUCGCCGAGACUCGGCGACGCCUCGCCUCCGCCACGUCGGAGCGUCACCUGUGGCCGACGUUCGACGCGCUCGAGAGCGGCGAGACGCCUAACUUCGCCGAGAUCCAGGCUUACUUGCGCAACGGCGUCAUACUCGACCACAUCGAUGAAUACCGCCGCCACGUCCCGCCAAACUUACCGACGCCGCGACCCCAAACGAUCCCCGUAGCCCCCAACUUAGCGACGCCGCGACCCCAAUCGAUCCCCGUAGCCCCCAACGUAGCGACGCCGCGAAACCAAACGAUCCCCGUAGCCCCCAGCUUAGCGACGCCGCGACCCCAAUCGAUCCCCGUAGCCCCCAACUUAGCGACGCCGCGAACCCAAAUUACCCCCGUCGCCGCUCCACCGCUUCCGCCUCUUGUAGCGAGCCAGCCCUCGUUCGACGUACCGUUUGUGGCACUGGAGAGGCAGCACCCGUACGUCCUGAUACCGGUGGCCGCGUGCCAGACCUUCGAGGCGCUAGGCUCGAAAGACGUGAUGGCGGCUUACACCUACAUGGUUGCCGUCAUCCGCCAUGCUCUCCCCCGGCAAGAUUCUUCUUUUACGUCUCCACCCGGAUUUGAACACCUUCGUUAA